GGACUGAGUAAGCGUUGCAUAUGCAUAGUAUGUUAGUGGCGGCGGUGAUACCAAAUUGGAGCUGUGAAUGAAAGUUUAUUCUUGACAAUGUCACGUCUUCCUCCUGCCACCAAUCUAUGGUGCAAAAGUUCACGCGCACGGUGUGACGCGGGAUAUAGACAGGUUGAAUAGACAGCGACUGAAUAGUGCUUCUCUACAUUGACACGUCCAAUUAAUCACUUUUCCACAACCAAAACCUUCGCCCAUCAUCCACUAGAGACUUAAUACUAACCUCAUCCUCAACUCUUCAUACCUAUCCUUCAUGCGAACAAACAGCGAAAUAAUGUCUUCAUCAAAUCUCCCAAAUUGCCCUCCAACCCCCGCCCUCGAUCUACCUUCCACUCCCCCUACAGUCACAUCUUUGACCAUCCCCCCUCGCGCUGCUAGGGCACCCACAAACACAGUCACCGGUCUUGUACGUUACGGCCCAGAUGCGCAUCACAGUCCGCGCAUCCCCCUGCUGUACACAUGGCGCUGCUGUCAACCGAGUUGCAGCGGCUCUAUUAAUAGUAGAAAUACGUAUCGCAGCGAUACGCACUUUACGUUACUUGGUAGGAGGAAUGGGUAUCAGGAGUGGGGGCCGGGAUAUGUUGGUGCGGAUAGUUGUGAGGAGUGUGAGCAUCUGGCGUGUGAGGGGUGUCGGUUUUUGAAGGUGGAGAGGAAGGAGGGUGAGGAUGCAUGAUACCAUGAGAGAUGGUGCUAGGCUGUAGUCAAGAACUCAGCAUCUGCUGGGCAGGCUGUAGGGCUUUAGUUGAUGUAAACUUAUAU